AGUUUAUAUAAAGGUGGGUGUGGGACUUUUGGGUCUUUGCAGGCAUAGAAUAUUGGCGAGGACUAAAUUAGACUAUGGGUAGGCAGCCUUGCUGUGACAAACUGGGUGUGAAAAAAGGGCCAUGGACUGUCGAGGAAGACAAGAAACUCAUCAAUUUCAUUCUCACCAAUGGCCAGUGUUGUUGGCGUGCCGUUCCUAAGCUCGCCGGUCUCCGCCGCUGCGGCAAGAGCUGCAGACUUCGAUGGACUAAUUAUCUUCGGCCUGAUCUGAAGAGAGGCCUUCUUUCCGAGGCUGAAGAACAGCUGGUUAUCGACCUUCAUUCCCGCCUUGGCAAUAGGUGGUCGAAGAUUGCAGCCAGGUUGCCGGGCAGAACCGACAACGAGAUCAAGAAUCAUUGGAACACACACAUCAAGAAAAAGCUCAUUAAAAUGGGGAUCGAUCCUGCUACUCAUGAACCAUUGGAAAAAGAAGCAAAGGCUGAAGAAAGCACUUCCCAUGCUGACCAUUCUGCAGAUAAUUCGAGUACACCAGCUGAGAAUUGCUCAACUUCUGAUGGUUUCGAUUUGCUAAACAAAAUUUGCAGUGAUGAAUCUAUUUUAUUUAGUAGCUUAUGGAUGGAUGGUGAACCCCCUUUAGUCCACUCUUCGUGGAACAUUCUACCAGCCUUUAAUGCCACAAGCUUCCCAACUUGGGAGGAAAACUGCUCUUGGUUCCUUGAUUUUCAGGAUUUUGGUAUUAACGACCUUGGGUUCGAUUGCUUAAACGACGUUAAAUCAAACAAGAUGGGCGACAAAACAGUAACCUGAUGCAACAAAAUCGUUACAUAUAUAUAUAUAUAUAUAUAUAUAUGGAAGAUAAACUAGCUUCUUUACAGGUUUUUCACCUACAAUUCAGAAGUGAUAUCAACCCUCAUAUCCUGAAGAUGUGAUGUGAUAUAUUUCCUUGGUGCCCUAUAACCUUUUCUUCUGUACAAGAAGGGAAAAUAUUGCUAUUCAGCCAAAUGAACAAAAGAUACGAUAUUAUUUGGACAUAAUAGGUAUGAUGUAAAUUAUGAAAAAAUAAAAGGCAAAAGAAAAUUUACUGUGUUGUCAUG